ACGCGGCGUUGAGGUUUUGAAGCCAUACACACAAUCUCUCCCUCUUAGAUAUACGUAACUGCCUUCUUAUGGCUUUGAAUUUCAGCCCCAGCGCACCUCUUUGUCUGUGAAGAAGACCGAAGGGCUGGGGACAAACCCUUAUUCCUCAACAGGCAUCUACGACCGUAGCCUGUUGGAUCUUUCCAGGUCGCAUCACAGUCUCGCCAUGGGCACUCCAUCUUCUAACCGCCAAUCACUAUUCGUAUCGUCGCCAGAGGAUGAGGAGCCCCGGCGCACCUCAAUCUCACGCUCUCCAUGGAUCAAUGUAUCCCGACCGUCUUCCGGAAACGCCUCCCCCACUCUGUCCAUGCUCUUAGGCUCCAACAAUACGACCAGACCGCAACAACCCCGCGGUUACCGACAACGAACGUCCUGGCAAGACACGUUCUUAACCACACAAAUGCCGCAACACGAACCUCCCUCGCCACAAGGAGAUGAUGUUCUUCAGGACUUCGAUUUCGACGCCUUCUUGAAUGGUCCAUCAUCUCUACAACAGACUCCCACCCGUACGAGAGAAUCCAGCAUAGUCGACCUCACUGAAACAUCACCUGUCGCCACAACUAGAACACCAAAGAAGCGCCGUCUAUCAAGUGUAGACAGUGAAGGCCGGACGGCAAAGCGAAAGAAGGACGCUGAUGCCAGUCCGGAGGGACUGAGGGAUGAUCACAAAAAAAGCAAACCAGGUGACAAGGUGGAAGAACUGGACCUGAUCGAUGCGGAAGACGACACCAGCUACGCUGAAGUCAUGAAGAAGCGGCAGGAAGACCUGAUAAAACAACAACGGCAAGCAGAGCUUGAUAAACCUCAGAAGCUUGCUACGACGCAGUGCGUGAUCUGUUUAGAUCAGCCAGAGGAACUGGCGAUUACUCAUUGUGGACAUAUGUUUUGCUCUUCGUGCCUCCAUGGUGCUCUCAACGUCGGCACAGGCAAGAGAUCGUGCCCAGUCUGCCGCACAGCAAUCGGAGUGCCGAAAAAGGACGGGAAACAACCCAAGACCGGCGUGUUUCACCUGACGAUGAAACUCAUGACAAAGAAGCAAGGAAAGAAGCCUGCGUUACGAUAAUGACAGUAUAUAAAUGACGGCGGCGUAUCGGGGCGGGGAUGGAUGGUAGUAUUGGAUCAUACACAUGGAUAUGAGGUCGGGGCAUGGAUAUGCGUGGGUUAUUAGAUGCGUUGCUGCGGGACUUGGAGCCACUUUCCUACGAACAUGAAUUUCCACCCACAAUACCAUGUACUAUUAGGCAGGCAUCGCGCGUUUUGGAGAUACAGCGGAAGGACAAGCUCAGCAGAUGGUGAUGGCUCGGUUUUCAGAUACCUUGCGAGAGCUGAUACCGCAACGAAGAAUUUACGAUUAAUAUAUAUACCUA